GCGGGUGGCAGGGGAGGGGAUCUGCUCGGGUCUCAGGCCGCUUCCCAGAGGGAGCGGGGCGUCUGCGUGCGGGGUCACCCGUGCCCCGUCGGGGCUGCAGCCCGCUGCCCCAGCGCCUGGUCUCCCCAGAAGGGGUCGGGUCCAUGGGUGGAGGAAGUCGCGCGUCCGCCUUGGGGCACCCCCGGCCGUCCCUGCUGCGUCCGCGCUCCUGUGCUCGCUCUCCACGUCCUCGGAAGGGCUGGUCAUUGCUUCCUCCCGCGGCCUCCGACGGCCGGUGUCACCCCAGCGUGUGCCGCAGCCGGCCCCGGCGUCCCCACUUGGCAGCCACGCAGCCUCCCCAGCCGCGUCGCAGGGUUGGGGAUCAGGUGCAUUCGUGGUUCCAGUCAGGGAGGGGCUGCUGCUGUCACCACGAACAUGGCCUUGUUUCCUGCCGUUGAACUUUUGGCAUGCCGGGCUGUCUCAGCUUCCCACAGUUGAGCACACACUAUCCUAAACUCGGUGAGAGGGAGGUAGCAUGGAGGAUGCUAAAGGUGGUGACCAGAGUGUGACCGAGGGGUUUCCUCCUGCCAGCGUUGGGGCUGAGAGGGUCACUCAGCAGGUGCCCCAGGAAGACCAGGGGCAGCUUCUUUAUCAUGAGGAAACCAUUGAUCUUGGUGGAGAUGAAUUUGGGUCUGAAGAGAAUGAGACCAUAUCAGAAGAUUCCCACAACUUCAUAGAUAAGCUCAAUGAGCACAUGAUGGAGAGUGUCCUCAUUUCUGACUCCCCUAAUAACAGUGAAGAUGACGCAGGUGACCUUGGCUGUUUGCAGGAUGUCGUGGAACCUGUGGAAGGCAAUGCGGAUCCCAGCCUGGCCAGUAUCACAGCUGGAGAAGGGAUGCACACCCCGAGUAACGGCAGUGAGACGGACACAGAUGCCACGCCGAGAGACGUCUCUGACAUGACCUCUGACAGCAAAGCCUCUCUGAAGGAAGACUCCACACAGGAAGAAGCAACGGCCAUGCCAGUCUUUGAGGAUGCAGGUACAGAGGACUUGACGCCUAGGGGUGAAAAGGCCCCUGGAGAAGAGCAGGUCCCAGAGGCAUCUUCCAGUCAGUCUUCCAAAGACGAGCCUGUGCCCGUGUGCACCAUUUUUAGCCAGGCAAGUGCUGCACCUGCCCAGCCACACCUGUUUCUGCACGAUGGCUUCGAGUCUCAGAUGGUGAAAUCGCCCAGCUUCAGCAGUGCAAGCGAGAUGUCCGCCAAGACCCCUCCCCAGGUGGUCCGGCCCAGCCCCAGUCUGAGCAAAUUUUUUGGGGAUCCAGUGAGCACGAAUUCCUUGGCCUCUGGCUUCUUUGACUCCUUCACUACAUCCACUUUCACUUCCGUCAGUAACCCUAACGCAGGCUCCUCCGUUCCGGAAAAGUCGUCACCACUCACUGCCUCGAUGGGAGAAAAGGCCCUGGACUCUCCUGACUGUUCUUACCCUGCAGGGGUGCCCAGAUCGGAAUCAGGCACUUCCACUGCUGCCCCGGAAAUCCCUGACUCCCCGAGACCGUUUUCACAGAUACAGGCUGUGUUUGCAGGCAGCGAUGACCCUUUCGCCACCGCGCUUAGCAUGAGUGAGAUGGACCGAAGGAAUGACGCGUGGCUUCCCAGCCAGAGCACCAGGGACGUCCUGACCGCAGUAGCCACGCAGCAGUGCGGCACUGUGUUCAUAGACAAGGAGAGCCUCACCAUGCCCGGGCUCAGGUUCGACAACAUUCAGGGAGAUGCAGUUAAAGACUUGAUGCUUCGCUUCCUGGGUGAAAAAGCUGCCGCAAAGAGACAAGUCCUAAACGCCAGCUCUGUGGAGCAGUCUUUUGUGGGACUGAAGCAGCUAAUUAGCUGCAAAAACUGGAGGGCAGCAGUUGACCUGUGCGGACGCCUUCUCACCGCCCACGGCCAAGGCUACGGCAAGAGCGGGCUGCCUACCAGUCAUACCACAGAUUCGCUGCAGCUCUGGUUUGUGCGGCUGGCGCUGCUGGUGAAGCUGGGCCUCUUCCAGAACGCUGAGAUGGAGUUCGAGCCCUUUGGAAGUCUGGAUCAGCCAGACCUUUACUAUGAGUACUACCCCCACGUGUAUCCCGGACGGAGGGGCUCCAUGGUCCCCUUUUCGAUGCGCAUCUUACACGCGGAGCUUCAGCAGUAUCUGGGAAACCCGCAGGAGUCACUGGACAGGCUGCACAGGGUCAAGACCGUCUGCAGCAAGAUCCUGAGCAACCUGGAGCAGGGCCUGGCGGAGGAUGGGGGCGUGAGCAACAUGACCCAGGAGAACAGGCAAGCCUCUGUUCAGCUCUGGAGGACGCGUCUGGGCCGGGUGAUGUACUCCGUGGCGAACUGUCUGCUGCUCAUGAAGGAUUACGUGCUCGCCGUGGACGCCUAUCGCUCGGUCGCCAAGUGUCACCCCGAGCAGGAGCCGCAGCUGCUGAGUGGCAUCGGCCGGAUCUUCCUCCAGAUUGGAGACAUUAAAACGGCUGAGAAGUAUUUUCAAGACGUUGAGAAAGUGACGCAGAAAUUGGAUGGACUACAGGGUAAAAUAAUGGUUUUAAUGAACAGAGCGUUCCUGCACCUGGGUCAGAACAACUUCGCCGAAGCCCACAGAUUCUUCACUGAGAUCUUGAGGAUGGACCCAACAAACGCCGUGGCCAACAACAACGCCGCCGUGUGUCUGCUCUACCUGGGCAAGCUCAAGGACUCGCUGCGGCAGCUGGAGGCCAUGGUGCAGCGGGACCCCAGGCACUACCUGCACGAGAGUGUGCUGUUCAACCUGACCACCAUGUACGAGCUGGAGUCCUCGCGGAGCAUGCAGAAGAAGCAGAGCCUGCUCGAGGCCGUGGCCGGCAAAGAAGGGGACAGUUUCAACACCCAGUGCCUCAAGCUGGCCUAGAGCCAGAGUGUGAGUGUGGACCAGAGCGGCACACCGUGCGGCUGUGCACAGCCAUAAAGGCCCGUCUCCUAGAGCCAGAGUGUGAGAGUAGACCAGAGCGGCACACCGUGCGGCUGUGCACAGCCAUAAAGGCCCGUCUCCUAGAGCCAGAGUGUGAGAGUAGACCAGAGCGGCACACCGUGCGGCUGUGCACAGCCAUAAAGGCCCCUCUCCUAGAGCCAGAGUGUGAGAGUAGACCAGAGCGGCACAUGCGUGCGGCCGUGCACAGCCAUAAAGGCCCGUCUCCUAGAGCCAGAGUGUGAGAGUGGACCAUGGAGCGGCACAUGCGUGUGGCUGUGGCAUAGCCGUGAAGGCCCGUCUCCCGCCCCAUGGGAGCCUCCUUCUGGAGCCACAGCCCAGGCCUGCCCAAGGUGGGCACGUCCCUGGGUAUGCACACGAGGGGAGAUGGUGUGCCAGGCAGGAGGCCUGCAGUGUACACCAGACCUCCCUCACCUACUCCUGGAAGCCAGCCUGUUCCUUUCUUAUUUAUUUAGCUGUCUUCAUUGUAUUUGAAAGGCAAAGAGCCAAACACAGACCUUGAGUCCACUGGUUCACGCCCCAGAUGCCUGCAACAGCCAGGCUGCGCAUCUCCCGCUGUCCACGGCUGCUCAGCGUCCUCCCCCCGCCCUCUCUCCUCACUGACCAAGGUGGAACGGUGGGUCCUGGUUUCUCUUGUGUUUCGUGCGCCCCACAGAGAGGGCAGAGCAGGAGAGCCGCACCCGGGAGUGAGCAGAACACAGAGCUCAGGUGCGUGAGAAAACCAGGAAGCGUCUGAACACAGGCUGCCGGGGGUCAGCAGGGUCGGAGCCCGAGCACCCGGGGGUCAGCAGCAUCGGGAACACAGGGCCCUCGAGGGUCAGCAGGGUCUGAGCCCAGGCCAGUCCGCACAUUUGCAUUCAUCUUUUCAUAGUUAUUCCUGCUUUUGAAACCGUAAGUCCCUGAAAAUGUCUGCAUUUACCAGGCAGCUCUGGCCAGGACCCUGUAAUGCCGGCUUCUCUAACCCGUGAGCUGUGAUCGACAUGCGGGGCUGAGAAGUGCGUGUACGAAUCAGAGCUGCAGGCAGAUGGCCCCACGCCUUUGCUGAGGCGCACGUGAGUGACGCCUCAGAGCAGGAGAGCAGGUGACCCCGCCUGGAGGGCUGGACACUCCCAGGGACCUUCACAUCCUCCUCUCCACAAAGAGGGAAAAUCAGCGUCGUAUUUGACUAUGGGAGUGCAGGGAGGCAGUGGACACCCAGGAGUGGCAGGUGAGAAAGGAGCCAGGCUCCCUUCAGACUGAACCUGCAGCCAGUCUUCCUCCCCAGCUGCCAUUGCCGGACACUGGAACCAGCAAGGGACAAUGGGAGGCCAGGCCACACAGGUGAUUUGUCCCCCGGGGGCAGGUGAGGUUAGGCCCAGCUCACGGAGGUGGCAGCGCCAUCGCUAGCUCCUGCCUGGGUGUUUUAGCCUGUUCCUACAGAAAGGGGCCAUCAUUGUGGCCUGCACAUUGGCAUCCCAUAUGGGUACUGGUUUGUGUCCUGGCUGUUCCACUUCCGAUCCAGCUCCCUGCUACUGGCCUGGAGAAAGUAGCAGAAGAUGGCCCAUGCCACUCACAGGGGAGACCCAGAAGAAGCUCCUGGCUCCUGGCUCCUGGCUCCUGGCUCCUGGCUCCUGGCUCCUGGCUCUGGCCUGGCCCAGCACUGGCUGUUGUGGCCAUGUGGGGAGUGAACCAGCAGGUGGAAGAUGUUUCUCUCUCUCUCUCUCUGUCUCCCUCUCCAUAACUCUUGCAAAAUAAAUAAAUUUUUAAAAAGCUUAUGAAAAAUAAAUAAAGGCUGAAGAGGAGAACUGCUAUGAA